AAUCUGUCCAAUCAGGGCUUCCUGGCAAAGUGGCCUUCGGUUGCUACGUCCUCAUACAAAACUCUGUGUCGGCCAAAGUUGCUUUCGUGGAGACCCAGCGGAGACACCGACAACUUUGACCGAGUUUCUUCUCGUCGGGGGGAAGUUGGGGAAUUCCCCCGAAAGAAAACAUAAUGUCUCCGGGCGGUUGGACGUGACCGCAGCGGUACGGUAUGGAGAAAUAACAUUACAUUGUACCUUUGUGCUGGGCCACGGGUGUCAGUCCCAGCUGUGUUUCUGACUGACAACACUGACUACCGUUGCUGCUCUGUGUAAUAUUUUCUAGCAUGCCACGCAGGCAGCUAACUUCUCCACAAGACAAGAAAACUUUGCCUUCAAAUCAGAAGUGGCCCACGCAGUGCAAUACUGUGACAUUAACUUUCAUUUCACCGCGGAUCUCCCUUUGAAAAAAUCUGAAAAAUGAUGAAGGUUAGGAGAUACUUAAGGGGGAGUGGGAGGGUACUCGCAUUCGUGUUCAUUGCCUCUGUCAUUUGGCUGCUGUUUGACAUGGCUGCACUUCGCAUAUCAAUAAACGAUGUGAACAGUCAGCUACUGAAGGAGCAAGUGAUUAGAGAAAGGGAGGUUUUCAAACAGCAGUCCAGGGUGACACAGCUGAUGAAGAGGGGGUUUAAAAACCCAGUGCAGAGGGUGGACUUGGCUGUUACACAAGCGGGCAAAGGACCUCUUAGUCUUGGCAUCAGACUAGCCCAAGUGUACAGACAGGGGGGUAGGAAAGAGGACAAGAAGGAGAACUCUUUCGAGCAACGGGGAGAUAAUCUUCCCAAGGCUGACCGCUCUAAAUCUGUAGCUUCUAAACAUCAACAGGGAGCUGCCCUGCAAAAUGUCACAUCAAAGCAUGGUGUCCCCGCAAAGAAAAAAGCAGUAAACUUGGACCUGAAUGAGGCAAAAUUAGAAAAAAAUAGAGUAAUAGACAGCUCUAAUAAAGUGACACUACCUGCAGUACUGUCUAAUAAAACCCAGGUGUCACCAGGUGCUCAGAAAAACAAGUAUGCUCCUCUACCAACCUCAAAGAAAGAACCCAUUAAAACUGGAGAUGCUGUACAAGGCACUCUGGACAAAAUGGAUUCAAAGACAAAUGAAAAAGUCAAGGAUGAACUUCGCAAGACUGGAACAAAAGUGAGCCAGCUGCAGGCCAAGGAGGCGCACCCUGUUAAAACAACAUCCAAACCUCCCAACAAGGAUGUCAAAGAAAAGGACGUAAACAUUGAUAAAGAGAAGAAACAGGUGGAGAAUAUUGACAAGAGUCAUAAAAAUGCAACGAAGGAACCCCCGAAACCUGUUAUCAAGCUUCAAGCAGGAGAGGUCUCAAAGGAUAACUCCACUGCUGUCAGAAAACCAGGCGUCCACAAAGUGCUCCCUCUGGAUGUGACUCUCACUCCCAGAGAUGUCAACGCGGUGGGCCAGUUUGGUCAGGCAGCCUUUGUUGCCAGCAACGAAGAUGCAGAGGUGAGGAAGAGAUGGGACGAAGGGCACUUUAACGUCUACCUGAGUGACCAGAUCCCAGUGGACCGCGCCAUCCCAGACACCAGGCCUGAGAUGUGUGUACAGAAUCUGGUCCACAAUGACUUGCCUUCCACCAGUGUGAUUUUCUGUUUCGUAGACGAAGUGUGGUCCACGCUCCUCCGCUCGGUGCACAGUGUGCUCAACAGAUCUCCACCGCACCUCCUCACAGAGAUCAUUCUGGUGGAUGAUUUCAGCUCCAAAGACUAUUUGAAGAAGCCACUGGAUGAGUACAUGUCUCGGUUUCCCAAAGUGCGAAUCAUUCGUCUGAAGGAGCGGCAGGGUCUGAUCAGGGCCAGGCUGGCUGGAGCUGCUGUUGCCAAAGGUGAGGUCCUUACCUUCCUUGACUCCCACAUUGAGUGCAACGUGGGCUGGCUGGAGCCGCUCCUAGAGAGAGUCUAUCUGGAUCGCAAGAAGGUGCCCUGCCCAGUUAUUGAAGUCAUCAGUGAUAAGGACAUGAGUUAUAUGCUGGUUGACAACUUCCAAAGAGGUAUUUUCAAAUGGCCUCUGGUGUUUGGCUGGAGUGCAUUACCAGAGGAGUACAUCAAGAAGAACAACAUGACCAUCUCAGAUCCCAUCAGGUGUCCAGUUAUGGCUGGAGGCCUUUUCUCCAUAGACAAAAAAUACUUCUAUGAGCUUGGUGCCUAUGACCCUGGCCUGGACGUGUGGGGUGGGGAGAACAUGGAGAUUUCUUUUAAGAUCUGGAUGUGUGGAGGGGAAAUCGAGAUUAUCCCCUGCUCUCGAGUAGGACACAUUUUCAGAGGACAGAACCCGUACAAAUUCCCCAAAGACAGGCAGAAGACAGUGGAGCGUAACCUGGCAAGGGUGGCUGAGGUCUGGCUGGAUGAGUACAAGGACCUCUUCUACGGCCAUGGCUACCACCACCUGCUGGAUAAAAAGGUCAUUGACAUCGGCAACCUCACUGAGCAGAUUGAGCUGAGGAAGAGGCUCAAGUGCAAAAGCUUCAAAUGGUACUUGGAGAACGUGUAUCCAGACAUGGAUGCUCCUUUAGUCAAAGCUGAAGGCCUGGUCUUCAAUCGUGGCUUAAGAAAAUGCCUUAAUCUGCGGAAGAGCUCUCUUUCCUUCGAGAUAUGUGAUCUCAGCAAACAGAGUCAGCACUUUAAUUACACCUGGAUGAGGCACCUUCGCCAGCAGAGCCUAUGUGUUGCUCCCCAAGGCAAGGGCAAUGGCUUUGCUUUACAGCUAUGUGACAACACUAAGCCUGAACUCCGCUGGUUCCACAAAUCCUCCAACUCAGCUCUGGCGGAGCACCUCAUAACAGAGUUUGUUUCCCACCACAUGUGCCUUGAGGCGGGGCCUCAGGGUGACUCUCUUCACCUCAACCCAUGUGUGCCCAGCAACACCUUCCAAAAGUGGCAGUUCACACACUACCACGCUCUGUGAUGGGACUGAUCAUGAUUUCUGUGUGUUAAACAUGCACUAUAGAGACUUUAGGUGGCCUCACACCACAGUAUGUCUGUGAUCCAACCUCAAAACACAGGACUGUCCAGAGGACAUACGUGUGGUGUAAAGCAGAUGGUGGGAUGUGCAAUGUUUCCGAUGUCCUUUUAAUUCACCAGCAUGGACUGAGUUAAAGAAUUAGUGUCAGAGCAAAGAGAGAAUAUUUCUUCAGUUAGGAAGGUUUGCACCAGAGGUUUCUAAUUUUACAAAAUAUCCUCUACACUGGUAUUUGGGGAAAAGAGCCUGAAACAAUUAUUAUUAUUAUUAUUUUUUUUUUUUUUACUGGGCUAAAGGUCUAUUGAAGAACACUGCAGCAAUAAGAUUUUUAGUACAAGAUGCCAUUUCACUGCCAAAGGUAAAACAAAACAAAUGAAACAAUGCCUCAUAGAUUUGAUAUGUAAAAAAUGUUUGCGCUGUUGGGACUGAGUUGAAUAAUGACUUAAAUUGCAUGUAAAAUAGAAUUUAUUUGUUUGUAUAAAACGUAUCGUAUUUUCGUGAGACAUCUACUUUUUUAGAUGUUGUUUACUUUUUUACGUUUGAUGAGGCGCUUGUGUAAAAUGGCUGUUUCUCUGGUUUUAAUGCUGUGUUAUUUAGGUGUAGGUUUUGUUGUGAAAACUGUCUCUUUGUAUGAUUUUUUUUUUUUAAUUUUUAAAUUUUUUUGUCACUAGGGGGAAGUGUUGGUUCAAAACAACCUGUGCUGUAAUUUCAUGAUUUUGUGAUCUAUUAUCAAACCCUUUUAACCACAAAUUGAUGGAAAUGCAUUUUCUUAAGAAACAAAAA